UGAUUCAACCACCGAGCCAGUCAGCAAGAAAAACAAGAGACAGACAGAGAGAGAGUGAGAGUGAGAAUGAGAGAGAGAGAGAGAGAGAGAGAGAGAAAGACUGAUAUUGGAUCCUACAAAGAUAAAAAGCUGCAUCUGAGCUGUAGUGAGGUUGAAAGCAAGCGUCUGUGGCAGGGAUUUAAACCUUGCUCACAGCACCACUGCCAUACUGAAAGAAGCGAAGACCUACUUGAAUAUUUGCAUUACGUAACACGUCUGAGACAGAAGAAAGUCGCGGUCGUUCCAGAAGGAGACUAUUCAGUAUGUCUUCAACUGUCGACUCAACAUUGCGGGCGGCCUCUGUUUGCACAAUUCUGAUGGUAAUGGUGCUCGUAGAAACCACGGCGACUUCGAACACAAUUCGCUCACUGAAACCAAAGAAGAAAUCUGCCAGUGCGCCAACGGAAACAGUUCCUCUUCAACUCGAUAACCGGUCUUUGGUUCUUAACAAUACCAUAAGAUCACUUGAGAACUGUUCAAUAUCUCCGUGGUCCUACAACGUCUCCAAAGAUGACAGUCUGUUCCCCCAGCUAAUGGAGGCUCAGUGUUUGCUGGAAGGCUGUCUGGACUCCCAGGGCAUUGAGGACCGGAACCUGAAGUCAACAGCUAUCAUACAGCAGGUCCUGGUUUUGCGGCGCAUGCGGUCAAAUAGUACAGAGCACAGCUAUUACUUUAAGCUCGAGUCGCGCCUUAUGGCAGUGGGAUGCACCUGUGUCAGGUCCAUAGUCCAACAUCAGCAGUGAAGACUAGUCUAAAGCAGUGUGUGGUUUAGUCAAACAAAAAGAAACGUUAAAAGCCUAUUUUGAAAAGUUUUCAUUUAAACAUCGAUCAAUUGGUCUACGUUCUGAACUUAUAUUUUUUGAUUUGUCUGCAUUUUGUUUUCUUGAUGUCCUAUAUUAUUAGUAAUAAAACACAAAUUAAAGGAUGUGAAUGACUUACCUAUC